CACAUGUCACGGUCCUAAAGGAGAGCUGAGAGCUUUAGAUCAGCAACAGUGAGAGGACAUUGGUGUGGAUACUGCUCAUUGCUAUAAGCAGAGUGUUAUUUGCCUUUCCAUAGUAUGAUGACUAAAUACCUCAAUGCACCAGUGAAUCACAGGUCAGCCAUCAUGCCCGGAUCCCUCCCUCCAAACGGUGAAAGUUCCUGGCCCAAAGACGUGGGUAUAGUUGCCCUAGAGAUUUACUUCCCGUCCCAGUAUGUCGAUCAAGAAGAGCUGGAGAAGUUUGAUGGAGUCAGCGCUGGAAAAUACACCAUUGGCUUGGGUCAGUGUAAGAUGGGCUUCUGCUCGGACAGGGAAGACAUCAACUCUUUGUGCCUCACGGUGGUGCAGCGGCUAAUGGAGAGGAACAAUCUGUCUUACGACUGCAUCGGCCGACUGGAGGUGGGAACAGAGACAAUCAUUGACAAGUCCAAAUCCGUAAAGACUGUCCUGAUGCAGCUCUUUGAGGAAUCGGGAAACACAGACGUGGAAGGCAUUGAUACAACAAACGCAUGUUAUGGAGGCACAGCUGCUCUCUUCAAUGCCGUCAACUGGGUGGAAUCGAGUUCUUGGGAUGGACGCUACGCACUUGUGGUUGCUGGAGACAUCGCUGUGUAUGCCACGGGAAGUGCCAGGCCAACCGGAGGAGCCGGAGCCGUCGCCAUGCUCGUGGGGCCAAAUGCCACUUUAGUUUGUGAAAGAGGUCUGCGUGGAACACACAUGCAACAUGCCUAUGAUUUUUAUAAGCCCGAUAUGGAGUCGGAAUACCCCGUUGUUGAUGGAAAGCUUUCAAUACAGUGCUACCUCAGCGCAUUGGAUCGCUGCUACUCUACUUACCGCAAGAAAAUCCAUGCCCAGUGGCAGAAAGAGGGAACCGAUAAACCCUUCACUCUGAAUGACUUUGGAUUCAUGACCUUUCACUCGCCAUACUGCAAACUAGUCCAGAAAUCCUUAGCACGGUUGCUGGUGAAUGACUUCAUUAGUGAUUCCAACCCAAAUACUGAGAGCGGAGUGUAUGUUGGCCUGGAUUCAUUUAGGGAUUUAAAGCUGGAAGAGACUUAUUUUGACAGAGACGUAGAAAAGGCAUUCCUGAAGGCCAGCACAGAAAUUUUCAAUGAAAAGACUAAAGCAUCUCUCCUGGUAUCUAAGGAAAAUGGGAAUAUGUACACACCGUCUGUGUAUGGAUGCCUUGCCUCUGUGCUUGCGCAGUAUUCUCCUCAGCAGCUGGCUGGACAGAGGAUCGGUGUUUUCUCCUAUGGCUCAGGCUUUGCUGCUACAUUGUACUCUCUCAGAGUCUCACAGGACGCUAUGCCAGGUUCUUCCUUGGACAAAUUGACUUCCAGCUUGUCAGACCUUAAAGCAAGACUUGACUCGAGAAAGAAUGUUUCACCCAGCAUUUUUGCUGACAACAUGAAGCUGAGAGAAGACACACACCAUUUAGCUAAUUAUAUUCCUCAGGGGUCAGUGGACGACCUGUUUCCAGGUACUUGGUAUCUGGUCCGUGUGGAUGAGAAGCACAGGAGGUUCUAUGCCCGCAGUUCACUGAUGAGCGAUGGACCUUUAGAUGCUGCACCUGAAUCUGUUCUUGCAAGCACCGCUAAUGAGCAUUUCCCAAGCCCUGCUAAGAAAGUCCCCAGAAUCCCUCCAGCAGCGGAAGCCGAGCCCAUCUCCGUUACCAACGGGGAGCACUGAUCUUCCAAGAUGGAAGCGCCCACCUUUAUUUUGCAUUCGUGUAAAUGGACUUUUUCUUAAUUGCGGAGCUGAGAAACCUUUUCCGAUUCCAUUACGAGGCCAGUGCAGAAAGUCUUUGGUUUCUUUUUUUCUGCAAAAUCUUAGCGUUUUUAUAUCUUGAAAAAGGGACAGUGAGAUAUAAACAAAGAUAUAAAGUAAAUGAAAAAAAAUCACCUUUUGAUCUGGGAAGUGACAAGUGUGUGCAGUUAGUUAGGCUGAAUGUUACUGUACCCAGCUGUAAUUGGGUAACCACCAAACUAAUUGCUAUUGAUUAUAUGUCACUUACAUAAAUAUGAUCCUUUGUCUGUGGCUCUCGCGCUGUUGCUCCGGUACAGUUCCCGCUAUUUGCAUGAGCCAAUCAGAUUAAGGAUCACUGCUCUGAGGCCACACACAAGUUAGUACAUCAUCGGACACCAACGCUGUACCUCUCGCAUUUCACGGCUGCCUCGAUGCUUCGUGUUUUUGGUCUGUCGGCGUGUACAGAGUUGUUCUAUUUCAUCCCUUUUUAAGAUCACGUUGGUGCUAAAGGUACGGGCUGAAGCCCAACUCAAUUGUAAAAUAAAAAAUGUAGAGAAAGUAUUAUAUAAUGUAAAAGUUUUUAUUAAUUUUUUUUUGUUUUGUUAAACUUUCUGUGUAUAAUUCUUUUGUCUUUAGAAAUCUAAAGUGAAAUUUAAAGUGGGUUUAAUAGCAGCCCAGCCAGACAGAUGUACAACAUACACUACAAUGUAUCGGGAUUUUUGGCCAAGCAACGAGCUGCUGUCUCACUUAUAGGGCAGGGGGGGCUCUUGUUUUUUUCCUGCAUUUGUAAAAUACUUCUCUCCUCCAACCCCACGACUUUUGUACAGUUACAGUUUUGCUAAUGAAUUCUCCUAAACAAAUGUACAGUCAGGACAGAGACACGCUCAGAUUCGGGGAGAUUAGUCGUCCAUCGAGAAAUCUCCUCUUCUUCGGGGCGACUAAUGUCCCCAAACUGCCUCCCGUUGGCUAGAAUCCAAAUCGGCGACGGGAUGGCAAUCAGUGCGAUUCGUUUUCUCACAAGGAAACUUCAGGUUACUUGAAAAAACGAAUCACUCCAAGUGCCGCCCCGCUGGCUGUUUACAUUCUAGCCGGCAGUUUGGGGAGAUUAGUCGUCCUGAAGAAGAGGAGCUUUGUCGCCGUGCGAAUAAUCUCCCCGAAUGUGAGCGUGUGUCUCUGCCCUAAAGCGAGAGCAUUGUGUCCCAAGGAUUAGUGACGUCACGUGACCUGAAUUGUUCUGUGUGGAGACAAUGGUUCAGUCGUUUAAGCCGAAAUGAAAUCUGUAAGUAAUGGAAAUGCUUUAACAAAAAUAAAUAAAGUUUUCCUUCUGGUGCAGAAAA